AUGCUGUGUCAUGCGCUGCGAUACAAGCACAGCUGCUGUGUCAUGCACUGCGAUACAAGCACAGCUGCUGUGUCAUGCGCUGCGAUACAAGCACAGCUGCUGUGUCAUGCGCUGCGAUGCAGGCACAGAUGCUGUGUCAUGCGCUGCGAUACAAGCACAGAUGCUGUGUCAUGCGCUGCGAUACAAGCACAGAUGCUGUGUCAUGCGCUGCGAUGCAGGCACAGAUGCUCUGUCAUGCGCUGCGAUACAAGCACAGAUGCUGUGUCAUGCGCUGCGAUAGAAGCACAGAUGCUGUGUCGUGCUGUGAUACAAGCACAGAUGCUGUGCCAUGCUCUGCGAUACAAGCACAGAUGCUGUGCCAUGCUCUGUGAUACAAGCACAGAUGCUGUGCCAUGCUCUGCGAUACAAGCACAGAUGCUGUGCCAUGCUCUGCGAUACAAGCACAGAUGCUGUGCCAUGUGCUGCGAUACAAGCACAUAUGCUGUGUCAUGCGCUGCGAUACAAGCACAUAUGCUGUGUCAUGCGCUGCGAUACAAGCACAGAUGCUGUGUCAUGCGCUGCGAUACAAGCACAGAUGCUGUGCCAUGCGCUGCGAUACAAGCACUGAUGCUGUGCCAUGCGCUGCGAUACAAGCACUGA